UCUCUCCUGUCCUUUACACGAGGAAGCCGAUACUAAAAUUAUUUAUCAUGUAUGCAGUAUUCGAGACGAAUCAAAUAUCGUCAUUAGAGGUUCUGAUACAGAUAUAUUAAUUAUAAUGCUUGGCAAUAUGGUUCACUUAAAAAAUCGGCUGUCUCAUAUUUGGAUGCUUACUGGGACUGGAAACCAUGAAAGAUUUAUUGAUCUUACUAAAAUUUACGAGCUGUACGGUGAAUUAUUGACAAAGAGCUUGAUUGGAUUUCACGCUUUUACGGGGUGCGACUUUAACCCUGCUUUUUUUAAUAAAGGUAAAAAAAGGCCUUUCACCUUGUUAAAAAAAAAUGUUGAAUUUCAAAAAGGGUUUGAAAGUUUAGGAAACGCUGAGUUAACUCUGGAUAUGCUAGACAAUCUGUUUAAUGUUAUUCAAGAAUUUACUUGCUACAUGUAUAACACCAAGAAAACCAAAGACGUUGAUGAUAGUCGCUUUCAACUAUUUGUCAAUAGCUACAAAGCAUCUGACUUAAAUGAAAACUUUAAUAAAAAAGUUGUAAACUUCGACGCUAGUUCAAUACCUCCAUGUAAAGCUGAACUUUACCAACAAUUCUUGAGGGCUCAUUACAUUUCCAGCAUCUGGAAAAAUGCUGCACAGAAACAUCCGACGAUGUUGAACCCACUAGAAUAUGGUUGGGAACAACAAGAUACAUCGUACGUGUUCAAGUGGUUUGAGGGAGACCAGCUACCAUGUUUAGUUAGUGAUUUUAUUCAAGAUAUACCAGACGACAACGAAGAUGAUGAAAAAAAUGACCAAGAUGAUGAGCAUUAUGACAAUAGUAAUGCUUCCGACGACGAAAUUGACGAAUCAUAAUACGAUGGAAAAUUUAUGUAUAAAAUAUAUCAAUAAAAACACGAAAUAUAUUUUCAUUAAUAUCAAUAAAGUAAAUAUUGUUAUAAUAGUUCUUAUUAUUGAUUUAUAAACAACCCAUCUUCCCCAUUCUUUAUUAUAAAGUAGGAUAUAUAUUUUUUUUUGUAUUUUUCAUAAUACAAUAUACUAUAUGUGUAUAUUUCCAUGAAGAAAUUUUCGAAAUAGAAGUAAUGACAGUAGGUACAAAUAAUUACACUGUCAAUAUAUUUUCGUCUGCCGGAGUAUUAUAACCGGAGAAAACGUCUGCCGUUUGAAGAAUAAACUAAUAAUACUAUUACAAAUAACAUAUAUAAAAAUCAGAUUUGUUAAAAUGCUUUCGAAAUUUUUUUUUUUCAAAUUUUCAAAAACGUCUGCCACGAGGUUACAACCGAAAAAAUCGUCUGCCAUUUAUUUUUCAGGCUAUAUUUACCAUAUUAUUUGUUGUGACCAAACGCCAGCUUUGGUAAAAUACUUGCGAACUUGGUCUGAUUUGCGUACCUGUCUUACCUGGGUGACGUCAUAGCUACCUUCGCUGGGCUUAGCUGUUCCCCAUUUCGUGUAAGGUAUGUAUAGAAGGGUCACCGAACAAAAUAUCAUCUUUGGUAAAAUACAUGUACUCUGCCAUUCACUGGCUCUUAGACUAUUAA